AUGGAGCCUUCUCGACAACAAGGCAAGGAGCUGGAACAAAGCUACAUCUCUUCCCCGCGCACUGCGAGGUUGAAUCGGCACCGCCGCGCAGAGGCACGCCGUGCUUUAAGCAAAAACUUGCGAUUACAAAAUGAGUGUCUUCAGGAACAGUUGAGUUACUAUCACCUUCGGCAGUGGAAUCAAGAAGAAAAUGCAGCUGAGGCCGCUGCUAAGGUUAAGCCUUUCUCGGCGGCAGUGCGGGAGGUGACAGUACCCGACGGUAUGACACACCUCGCAUUGGAGGCGCACGGCGGGAAAACCGAUCCGAAGGAUCAUUUGCUUCAUUUCAAUGCAAGGAUGGAAAUAAACGCGGUCUCUGACGCGGUAAAGUGUAGAAUAUUCCCAUCCACGCUCCGAGGAGAAGCUAUGGAUUGGUUUGUGGCCUUGCCUCAGGGAUCCCUAGCCAAGUUCCGCGAUUUCUCAUCAAAAUUCCUUGAUCACUUUUCUGCGAGAGCGAUCGAGGACCUGUUUGACAUGCGGCAGCGGGAGCGUGAAACCUUGGAACAAUAUACGAAACGAUAUAGUUCCGCGUCCAUAAGGUUUGAAGAGCUGGAGCCAUGCAUGUGCGUGUGCGCUUUCAAAGGUGGUUUAUCCUGGGGAAAGUUUAAGCGCGAGCUAAGUAGGGAACUGGCAACUUCAAUGAUAGAAGUCCGUGCCAGAGCGCAAGACUACAUCCUCGAAGAAGGAAUUGAAGCGCACAAAAGGAAGCAAGAGAGGGCGGCGAGCGUAGAGCUGGCGAGAGAACGGAUACAAGAGGAGAAAGCAAAUCGUGAGCGAAGGUCUAAAAAAGUUGAUCGACCUGUUAAGAAAGGCAAGGGAGAACAACUCAGUCGGCGAUCUCGCCGAAGAAUUGAGGCGAACCGGCGAAUGAGGCUGAAGGGACACACAGGUAAGGAGCUAGCAAAGUCACUCUUGGAAGCGGGGGUCAAGGACGUAAGCAAGGAAGGAAAGUGCAACACGAAGCUAGGACGCGAAGUAAGGAAUAGGCUCAAAUGGUGUGAAUACCACAACUUGGAAGGCCACAACACCACCGACUGUUUUACACUCAAGGGUCAAAUCAAGCGGCUAAUCAAGGCGAGACAACCGUGGGUGGCGAAGAGAAAGGAAGCUGAGGAAGUCGAAAGCGGCAAGGACGAAGGAACUGUGGAAACGACUAACGUGAUCAUUGUUGGGGGCCACGGGGGCGACGGCAGUACAUCGAUAAGGGGGGAAAAAAUAACAGGGGAAACACCGCCGAUGGAAGUCUACUUGGCUUGGUUCGAGGACAACCACUCAGACAUAAUAGUGUCGUCCGCAGAUUUUGAAGGAGUCGAGACCCAUACAGACGAUCCCUUAGUGGUAAUGGUAAGAAUCAGGGGUUUCAACAUGAGUAGGGUGUUGUUGGACCAAGGUAGCUCAGCCGAUAUAAUCUACGGGAAUGCAUUCGAGCAGCUGGGACUGGGGGGACGAAGACCUAAGGCCAUACACAUGGAAUUUGGUGGGAUUCUCAGGAAAGCAAGUUCAAGUGCGCGGUUACGUGGAACCGGACACGGUUUUUGGAGUAGGCGAGGAUUCCAAACUCCUGAAGAUAAGGUUGCAGCAGGUUAUAAUGUCAUUAUAGGGCGGAACACUUUGAAUCGCCUUCGUGCAGUUAUAUCCUUAGCUCACCUCGUGAUGAAAUACCCGCUACCCUGCGGACGGGUGGGAAGGAUAACAAUAGAUCAGGGAGGAGUGAAGAAAUGUCGCGACCGUAGCCUUAACUUGUAUGGCCGAGAGAAAGAUAAUUGUGGACACAGGAGUCACGAAAACCGAGGGACUGAGGGCGAGUAG